AUGCCACCUAGGGCAGUAACAUUCCUGAUCUUUGCUUUCUUUAUCCACGUAACGCAUGCCCCCUCCCCCUUUGCCCCCUCCUUCCCUUGUCGUUCGAUAGACGCUCGGCAAGCUCAAGGGUUCCUCUCCUUCUUCCGCUCGCUUCCACCCGCACCGCACACGAUCCGCUUCUUCGACCGUCGCGACUACUACACUGUGCACGGCCUCGCAGCGCUUUUCGUCGCGCGCGUAUUCUACAAGACGCUCUCCGCCGUGCGCUACCUCUCCGCGGGCGGAGCAAGCGCGGCAGGAAGUUCCGCGGGCGCCAAUGAUUCCGCGGCACUCCCCAGCGUGAGCGUCAACCGCAGCAUGUUCGAGUCGAUCCUCCGCCACUUGCUGCUAGAGGAAGGCGGAGGCGGAGCGGGGGGAACAGGCGCGGAGGGUGGCGGCGGAGACGGCGGGGGUAACAGCGGCGGUUCCGGCACGGGCGGCGGUGGCGGGUAUUCGACUGUGGAGCUAUACGAAGGCGGCGGCUCUAGCUGGCGGCUCGCGCGGGCCGCAACGCCGGGGCGGCUGACGGCCUUCGAGGACGUGCUGUUCGCGACGCGCGACAUGGGCGACUCGCCGACUGUGUGCGCCGUGAUCGUCGCCACGAGCGGCGGCGGCGGCGGCGGAGUAGGCGGCGCGAAGGACGGCGAGCGGCGUGUGGGGCUGGCGUUCGUGGAUCUGACGAAGCGCGCGUUAGGAAUGACGGAUUUUCUGGACGACGAGCAGUACACGUGUCUGGAAUCCGCGCUCGUCGCGCUGAGCUGUCGCGAGUGCGUGGUUCCGCAGGAGGGGGGCGGGGGAAGCGGAGGGGGAGGCGGAGGCGGGGGAGCGGAUAAGAAGGGGGCCAAGUCGCUCGAGGCGCGAAGAUUAAGAGACGUGAUGUCGCGGUGCAACGUGCUUAUAGUUGAGCGGAAACGGGCGGAGUUUAAGCCGCGCGACGUGGAGCAAGACCUGGGGAGGCUUUUACGAGGGGCGAGCGGCGCAGGGGGAAGGGGCGCAGGCGGAGGCGGAGGGGGAAGCGGAGGGAGGAUGACGGGAGCAGCAGGAGUAGGGGGUCGAGGGGGAGGAGGCCAGAAGGUUACUGUAGACUCUGAAAUCGCGGGGGCUGCGAUGGCUGCUGUACUCGCUUAUGCUGAUCUGUUAGCAGACGAUAGUAUCUACGGUCGGUACACUCUCCUUCCUUACAGCCUCCACACCCACAUGCGCCUCGACGCGACCGCCCUCCGCGCCCUCAACGUCACCGAAUCCAAAACGGACGGAAAUAGAAACUUUUCCUUAAUGGGACUGAUGAACCGCACGUGCACUGCGGGCAUGGGGAAACGGUUACUAAACCGGUGGUUGAAGCAGCCGUUAGUGGAUGAGGAGGAGAUUAAGUUUCGGUUGGAUGUGGUGCAGUCGUUUGUAGAGAGUGGCGGGAUGAGGCAGGAGGUGCGGGGGCAUCUGAGACGCAUGCCGGAUAUAGAAAGGCUGACUAGGCGGCUCGAGAUGCGGCGAGCUGGGCUGCAGGACGUGGUUAAGCUGUACCAGGCCAGCAUUCGCCUUCCAUUCAUCCGAGAGGUGCUUGAAACCCACGGAGGCUCGUUCCGCCCGAUGCUGCACGAGAGGUUUGGCGCGAGCCUGCUCGAGUGGUGCGGGGCGGAGCACUUAGCUAAGUACGAGGGUCUGGUGGAAGCAGCAGUAGACUUAGACGCUCUGCAGUCAAACGGAGAGUAUUUAAUAGCUCCAGGUUAUGACCCAAGCCUAGGGGAGAUUAAAGAGGAGAGGGAGGGGGUUGAAGUCGAAGUGCAGAGAGCAUUGCAGCAAGCAGCAAACGAUUUAGGCCUCAUAGUGGAUAAGACGAUUAAAUUAGAUAAGACGGCGCAGGCGGGGUAUUGCUACAGGAUAACGAAGAAAGAGGAGACGAACGUCAGGAAGAAGCUGAAUUCGUCGUAUGUGACUCUUGAGACCAGGAAGGACGGAGUCAAGUUCACGAAUGCGAAGCUCCGGAGGCUGAGCGAGCGCCACGUGGCGCUCACGGAUUCGUACAUGGCGGCUCAGCGGGAGCUCGUUGCAAAGGUGGUGGAAGUGGCACAGACGUUCUUGGAGGCCAAGGGUCUAUGGAGACUCAUGUGGUACAUGGCGGCUCAGAGGGAGCUGGUUGCGAAGGUGGUGGAAGUGGCACAAACGAUCUUGGAGGUGUUUGAGGGCGUGGCAGCACUGAUCGCUGAAAUGGACGUGCUACAGGGUUUUGCCGAGCUUGCAGCUUCGGCUCCCACUCCCUACGUCCGACCCUCCAUCUCAGGCCCGGAGAGGGGUCGCAGCUGGUUUCAAAUCAUCACCGGGCCCAACAUGGGCGGCAAGUCAACGUUUAUACGCCAGGUGUGUUUCAUACUUCAGGUGGGAGUGGUGGUGCUGAUGGCACAGGUGGGGUGCUUCGUGCCUUGCUCCCGCGCACACGUGAGCAUACGAGAUGCCAUCUUUGCCCGCGUGGGCGCUGGCGAUUGCCAGCUGAGGGGAGUGAGCACAUUCAUGGCGGAGAUGCUCGAGACAGCCGCCAUUCUGCAAGUUGUUGCUUUGAAUCCCUCAACCCCCCAACUUGCUCAUACUUCUGACCUCCUCGUUCCUCUACGUGCCCUGCCUUGUCGCCUCCAGCUGAGGGGAGUGAGCACCUUCAUGGCGGAGAUGCUCGAGACAGCCGCCAUCCUGCAUGCCGCCACGCCGCACUCGCUGGUGAUCAUUGACGAGCUGGGAAGGGGAACGUCGACGUACGAUGGCUUUGGUGAGUGCCGGCUUAACGCGCACAUUGAUGAAGCUUCCAGGAAGCUCACCAUGCUUUACAAGGUGCAACCAGGCCCGUGUGAUCAGAGCUUUGGCAUCCACGUGGCAGAGUUUGCACACUUCCCUCCCGAAGUGGUGGCCAUGGCACGAGCCAAGGCACAGGAGCUCGAAGACUUUGCCCCUCCUGCUGCUCAUGGUGCUGCUGCUCAUGGUGCUGAUGCUGGCGUUGGUGCGGCUGCUGGUGCUGGUGCUGCUGCUGCUGGUGGUGCUGGUGGGGAUAAGCGUAAGAGGGAUGGAGGGGAGGAGCAGAGGGAGGGAGUGGGGCGAGCACGGCAAUUCCUUCGGGAGUUCGCAUCGCUGCCUCUCGACAAAAUGACUGCAGAGGAGGCACUGAGGGCUGUAGCCGCGCAGGUGAAGGCUUUGGAGGGGGAUGCAGAGGGGAACGAGUGGCUGAGAAGCCAGCUUCUUUCAUCCAGAGCUGCUUGA